GACGAGUCAAAGAGAAAGAGAAGGAGAAGUCGGCGAAUCCCCAAAUCAUUGAUUGGAGAAAAAACAAAGCUGAAAACAGUAAAUUUACUUACUUGAUGAGCGCCAUUUUCAACCGAAUUUCUUCAAUCAUCUAUGCCUCCAAAUUGACUCUCUCAUUUCUCAUCUUCUAUAGUAAUCUCGCAUGGCGUCGGUAUUUCUGUACCACGUUGUGGGCGAUCUGACGGUGGGGAAGCCGGAGCUGUCGGAGUUCUCGGAGACGGAGACGGUGGGGGCGGCGAUAGGGGCGAUUGGGGAUUCGGCGGAGGGAGGGAUUCCGGUGUGGCGAAAGAGAUCGGUGAAGAGUCCGUUUGAGAACGCGCAGAGCAGGCAGCAGAGAUUCAUUGGCAUUCUCAACGCAUUGGAUAUCGUCGCAUUCUUGGCGAGAGAUGAUUGCUUGGCUGAUCAGGAGAAGGCCAUCAACACCCCUGUUUCUGAGAUCGUCACUCCUGCUAAUUCUGCUCUUAAAGUUGUUGAUCCAGGCACAAGAUUAAUAGAUGCUCUUGAGAUGAUGAAACAAGGAGCGAGGCGACUCCUCGUGCCUAAGAGCUUAGUAUGGAGAGGAAUGAGCAAGCGCUUUUCCAUUCUCUACAACGGCAAAUGGCUCAAAAAUGCAGACUCGUUCGGAGGCAGUAGCAGCACAAACGCAUUAGCUACCCGUCCUUCAUCCUCUUCCACCUCGUCCAUCCAAGACAAGUUCUGCUGCCUCUCAAGAGAAGAUGUCCUUCGAUUCCUCAUUGGUUGCCUCGGUGCCUUGGCUCCUUUACCCCUCUCUUCGAUUGCUUCUCUCGAAGCCAUCAACCCAAACUACUGUUGGAUUGAGGCGUCCUCUCCGGCCAUUGAUGCCACCAAGAAGCUCCCCAAUGAUCCUUGCGCUGCAGCAGUUGUCGAACCAACACCAGAGGGGCAACACAAGAUCUUGGGUGAGAUCUCUCUGGCCAAGCUCUGGAAGUGUGACUACUUGUCUGCUGCGUGGGCUCUCGCCAAAUUAUCAGCCGGCCAGUUCGUGAUGGGUGUCGAAGAUCACAUGAAUUCAAGAUCACUACCUGAUAUUGAUACCCACAGUGAUGAAAUAGCUGGAGAGGAAACCAAUGGAGCAGCAGCUAAUUCCAAUAGGUUGAGAAGGAAGUUCAGCAGCAGAAGCAUCGGUUUCUUCAGCAACUCCUCGUCUGAUCCGAACCUCAGCAUCGGGAGGAGCAUGUACCGCGGUAGGACUGCACCCUUGACCUGCAAGGCUACGAGCUCACUGGCUGCUGUCAUGGCGCAGAUGCUCUCACACCGGGCCACCCACGUCUGGGUUACAGAGAUCGAAAACGAUGACAUUCUUGUUGGUUUGGUGGGAUACACUGAUAUCUUAGCUGCAGUCACAAGGCAACCUGCAGCUGCUGCACCAGCUACUUUGGAUUCCAACUUAUAACCCAAUAUAUUGCUGCUGCAAUGUUGAAGUUUUUUUUGUUUGUAUUUUGUAAGAUGCCGUGAUUCUGGUUUUGGUUUGGUUCCAUUCUCUUUAUAGAAUGAUUAAAUGUUGUGUGA